GCGUUCAAUUAUAAAGUCAGCAUAGAUAUGCACUGCUGUUUUUCCACGGAGGCAAGGGAAAAAAGGCGUAUCAAUAAGGAAAUUGACAAACAGUUGAGCCUGGAGAUGAAGGGGUAUAAACGUGAGCUUGCUGUUGGGGGCGGGCGAUUCCGGAAAGUCCACAUUCAUCAAACAGAUGCGUAUUAUCCACGGCAGCGGUUACUCAGAGAGGACAAGCGUGGGUACAUCAAGCUGGUUUUUCAGAACAUAUUCAUGGCCAUGCAGUCAAUGAUCAAGGCCAUGGAUAUGCUGAAGAUUUCCUAUGGUCAGGGAGAACAUAGUGAAAUGGCCGAUCUGGUUAUGAGCAUCGAUUACGAGACCGUUACCACGUUCGAGGAUCCAUACUUGAAUGCCAUCAAAACGCUUUGGGACGAUGCUGGCAUCCAUGCUCGUCGUAGGGAAUUUCCGCUGCCUGAUAGUGAACAACUGGAUAGUGAAUUGUGA